AUGAACAGAAUUAUCGACAACAUGGGAAAUGAGAAGUUCUAUCCAACAAUUCGAAGCCUUGAGAACAUGUUUGGUGGGGUGUGCGAUUGGAUUUAUUGGUUGGUUUUCAAUUCGCUGCUUAGAGGGCAGCUAAGCUUGGCGGCUACGGCCUUAGUGGAGCUGCUGCUAGCCACUGUACAUGUCGUAUCCACAGUUGAUGAGUCGGCGAAUUUGAACACAAUUCUACAACAAAUGUAG